UGACUUAUCUGAACAUAUCCAACUGGUAUAUCUAAAGCUAACAGAGUCGGGGUCGUCAUCGUCAAUAAUGGCGGUUUCCGGCGGCACGACUAUCAAGGGAUAUAGACAUGGAGUCGACCGACUGUUAAACUGUGAUACAAGUCUGUGAACGCAACACGAAUACACAUACCUUUAAAUAUUCGUAAAGGCAAUCGUUCUAUUUCACGUUUUCGUGAAUAAACGUUUUACACAGAUAGAACUAAGUUAGACAAUCAAACAUUAAUACGUUUCGUGGGAUGUGGUUCUUCCGCAUUUGUGAAUAGUCAAACAAUUUUCUAUGCGAGACGUGUGUAGUGUUUCUCAAAUGGAGUUGACUGUACAAUCGUGAUUUUCGGCUUCUAAUAGACUGACCGCAGUUUACACAACAUCGCAGAAAAAGGAAUUAUUGUCCGUUCCAUUUAAACGUGCGAUCCUUCCAUAAAAAUUACCAUAUCAUGGCCUCGUCAAAUAGAGGUAUACAAAUUGGUUCGGCCUGGUAUCAAACUAAAAUUAACCUAAGACCACAGCAUCGUGGCGUACAUCUUGUCACCGAAGAAAUUUUAAGACAAAUUCCAGAACUGUAUCAGUUCUCUGUUGGUCUUUGUCACAUACAGAUUCUUCAUACAUCAGCUAGUUUAGCAUUAAAUGAAAGCUGGGACCCUGAUGUAAGAGAUGAUAUGGAAAUGAUGCUUAAUAAAAUAAUUCCUGAAGGAUUAGAGUAUCGACAUAACUGUGAAGGUCCAGACGACAUGCCGGCACAUGUAAAAGCAUGCUUCUUGGGAUCUUCAUUAAGUAUUCCAAUUACGGAUGGGAAGUUAGCCCUUGGUACAUGGCAAGGUAUUUGGUUUUGCGAACAUCGUGAUCAAGCAGGAAGUCGCAAAUUAAUUAUAACAUUGACCGGUUGUCUCAGGGAUUCAGCACGUAGCCCUUUAAGUCCUGUCAGCCCUAUUGCUUCUACUAGCAGCUAGGACCAAUCACACCCCCAAAGGUGUGGCAAACGUCAGCUGCACAUAUCUACUUCUAGUGAUUCAAGCUAGCAGCUGCUUAAUUCUAGAGAAAACCUAAGAGUAGAGUCCAAGGAAGAGUGAGUGGAUACUAUGUAAACAUAUAAGAAGUGUAUAUAUGAGCCUUUAUAUUGAAAAAAUAGCUGGGAAUUUGCUUAAUUUUUAGAGUCAUACUUUAGAUAUUCAAUUAAAUCAUUAUACAAUUACAGGAACAGAUUAUUUUAUUUUUUAAUUUUCUUUUACAUCUGCUUUUAAGAAUAAACUGCUUUAAAUUGAUAAAAAACAUGCAUGCACGUAUUUGAGUGAUCCAUGCAAUAAGUUCUGGUUCAUUAUUUAUGUUUCAUGCAUAAUUGAAUUCAUUUAAUAAAAUUACAAAAGGUACAAAAGUCAAAGUUGGAUGUUUAAUCUAGUAACGAUACAUUGCAGUUACUGUGCAAUAAAGUGUUCCAUACCAAAAAAAUCAUGACAGAUAUAAGUUAUACAUACUUUAGAGAAAUGCAACGUAAUUACAUUAGUAUCCUAUACUCUUUCUCGUUACUCUUAGAUACAAAUAAUCUAAUGCAUUCUAAUGCGUCCAGUACUCCGAAUUUAAUUAUAUAUAGCUUUAUUUAAGAGACCCUUUUACAAAAAUAGUAAAAUUUGCCAAGAAAAUUAUACAGACAAGUGCUGGUCUGAAAACUUGCAUUCUUUUUUAUAUCGUGCAAGAUAACCAGCUUUAAUACAUUCUUUGUUAUAACUUUCUAAUUCGCUGCUUUUCAUAGUGCUGCUAUUUCUAAUGACGUUUCCAUUACACUGGGGGUGUACAUAGAAAGGUAUUUCUCAACAAAUUCAAUAUCAAAAUUCUUUGCUGUGCUAAUGCAUUUCUGCUAGAAGUAAUUCCAAAAUCUUAAAAAUAAGAUGCAUUUACUGAUAUGUGUGCAAAUUAAGAACCAUUAAAAGUUCCAAGAUUAUACAGCAAUGAUCUAUAUUUUGCAUUUGUGAGCAAAAUUUGGCGUUUUUAAAUCUAAACAUCCUAGUGUAAUAUAAAAUGAUGCAUACAUUCCUGCAGAGAUCUAGCACUGCAAAGAGCUAUAAUAAAAAUAGCAUUCUCAUUACGUUUAUUAUUAACCAAAGGUUAUUGUGAACUUGUAAAUGUAUCUAAUAUAAAAUUAAGCAAGUUGAUGUUAGUCAGUAAUAUUAUCCAUGUAUAGCGUAAACGAUCGUCCAUUCAUCGAUUAAUGGAUACGCUUUGUAAAAUAUCUAAUCCAAUAAUCCAUAGCUUAAAUAUCAACGAGUUAUAACAUUUCGUCUAUAACAAAAUUAUACACCAGAUUGGUGCACUUCGUGAUACAAUCUCAAAUACUGGAGAUUACGAAAUUCAUGCGCGCGAUUGUGAUUUUGAUCUUCUAAAUAUAUCCAAAAAAAAAAACAACAAAUUUUUAUGCCUAUAUGCCGAAUAACAACUGAGCUGUCUAACUGAGGAUAAGUGAUAAGCAAAUAUAUGUCUGUCAAGCUGCCAAUACUGACAUACAUCAUUGGAGUAGCAUGAGCUACUGUACUGCAUGUUUACUACACUUGAUGGUGGUAUAUAAAUUACAGACUUUGCUUCUAAUAAAUAUAAUAAGUGAAUUUUACUGGUCACAGAUUUCUUUUAUAAUUUAAUUUGUAAGUGAAAUUAUUGGAAAGAAAUAUAACCCUUUGCACUCACAUUGCUGGUGUGACAAUACUAAUUUUCCCUAAAACUCUUGAAUCAUCUCUGAUAUGACACUACAUUUAGGUAAUAAAAGAAAACAGUACAUAAAAUGUUGUUACUCUAACAUUGUAUUUAAGAUAUAGAUGGCGAUUCAAAUAAAAUGUUUUGAACUCUUUUUUUCUGAAACUAUUAUAGAUAAUAUUUAUUGUUGUUAUUAUUAUUAAUUUCUUUUUUUAAUCAAGACGCUCAUAAAACCUAAUUGUUUCAUGGAUAAAAAAUGUAAUAACCUUUUUUUUUAUAUGUAUUAAAUAAUUUCUAUGUCUUAUUUAAUUAAACGAAAAAUUCAAGUUGCUAUCUGUAAUAGUAUUGGAAAAAAGAAUUUGUAACAUGUUAUUUGAAUCAUCCUCCAUAUUUUUAAUACAAUUUUCAAAUAAAAAAAGUGUUAUAUUAUUUUAUUUUAUUAACUAAAUGUUGCGUUAUACCUGAGAUGAUUGAGGAGUGCAAAGGAUUAAAUAAUUACAACAAUUGUUUCUGCCUAAGAUACCAAAAUAGGAAAAAAUGAAAUCAGAAUUACAAAAAUUACUGAGAACAGAUUACAAAAAUGAUUAUAGUGCAAAGAGAUAAAAAAAAUCAAACAAAAAAAAAAAGAAAAAGAGAAACUGAAAUUUUAAUAUUUACACAUAAACAUUUAUAAACUAUGUUUUUUAUA